CAGAUCGAUCGAAGGAAUCAAGUUGGCUUUCCGCGAACGACCGAAAGAACAUGUUGAAACUUGAGAUUCAGCAGAGUAAAGAGCGCAAGAUUCGAAGUGGUCGCUGGCGCUUUUGACGCGGCUUUCAGACGUCACCGUUUGGUUGUGCCGGGUCUCGAAUAUCUCAGUGAAUUCCUUUCUAGUAUGCAGUAGCAUCCGCCGAUUAUUCGCUGUUGACAGCCCGGAUGAAUUCGACAUGCGAGGGAAGCCGUUUCUCUAAAGUUAAUUCUUGGUACUGCCCGCUCUAUCGUUCAAGUCGAUUCAUCGAAACCUGAUCACCGAUAUCGUCACUGAUGAGGCGAUGACACGUCCACACGUGUACACAACAUGUCUGCGCGGUGCGAUUAGCAUUGUUUCCCCUCACCCUCUCGGAGGACUCGGAUGAUCGCUGUCUUUUGUCAUCUUUUGUGAGAAUAGGAAUAUUUUGGAAUUAUUCGGUCAGAAGAAACAUUUGAUUUGUGCAAUCAUGUUGAAGGCUGUUAUUUUAAUCGGAGGACCUUUAAAAGGAACUAGAUUUAGACCUCUAUCCUUGGACAUCCCAAAACCACUGUUUCCAGUGGCUGGAUUACCCAUGAUACAGCAUCACAUUGAAGCUUGUAUCAAAGUACCUGGUCUCAAUGAAGUGCUGAUAAUCGGGGCUUAUCCUAAGAACGAUCUGGCUCAGUUUAUACAGGAGAUGUCGAGUACUUAUGGCAUAGUCAUUCGAUAUCUACAGGAAUUCACACCCCUUGGAACAGCAGGUGGCAUGUAUCACUUUCGCGAUCAGAUUCGGUCGGGCAGCCCUACAUACUUUUUUGUUAUGAAUGGCGACGUCUGUGCCGACUUUCCUCUGCAAGAGAUGGUGGAGUUUCACAGCAGCAAACAAGCACUGCUUACAAUCAUGGCAACAGAGGCAACUCGACAGCAAUCGUUAAACUAUGGAUGUAUGGUUUUGGGGAAGGAAGGAACGGUAGCGCAUUACGUGGAGAAACCUUCAACGUUUGUGUCAACUCUUAUCAACUGCGGAAUAUAUCUCGCAUCCCUAGAAAUUUUUCAAACGAUGGCAGAUGUCUUUCAUGCUAACCAGCAACAAGAUCAUAUAAUGCAAUUGUGUUGCAAUGGUAGAGAUCCAGCGCAUAUUGCAUUUGAGCAAGACAUACUGACGCGUCUAGCAGGAUCUGGCCGAUUGUUCGCCCUGCCUAUGUUCAGAUGGUGGUCACAAGUGAAAACUGCAGGUUCCGCGAUAUACGCCAAUCGACAUUACUUGGCACUCUACAAGCAGAAGCAGCUGGACCGUCUUGCUUCUACGAAUAAGAAUUAUUGUCACAUUAUAGGAGAUGUGUACAUUCAUCCAUCAGCUUCUGUACAUCCGACUUCUGUGCUCGGUCCAAAUGUGAGUAUAGGACCAAAUACGAUGAUAGAGCCUGGCGUGAGAAUCAGAGAAGCGAUCGUAUUGGGCAAAGCACACAUUCAGGCCCAUUCCCUUAUUCUACACAGUAUCAUAGGGACAGGCACCAGCGUGGGUGAAUGGUCACGUGUUGAGGGGACUCCAUGCGAUCCCAAUCCUAAUAAACCAUUUGCAAAAAUGGAGAACUUGCCGCUGUUUAAUGUCAACGGCAAACUGAACCCUUCCAUCACGAUACUCGGUACCAGCGUGAGUUUGGCUGCGGAAAAAAUUCUACUAAACUCGAUCGUUCUACCGCAUAAGGAACUUACAAGAAAUUACAAGAAUGAAAUUAUUCUUUAAUUGUUUAAUUGUUGCCAGAAUUAAAACACCGCUAAUGAUUCAGAUUUUAAUGAAAGAGUCGCACAAAUGAAAAACGCUAAAUACAUCUAUAUAUUUUUUUCAGAGAUUUUCUGUCAAAUUGUGAUUAAAAAUUUUUUAUAAUUUU